AAGCGACAGAGGGGGAAGAAAAAAAGAGCUGAGCAGAGCACACACUGAGCGGCUGUCGAGUGAUGCUUGGAGAAAGAGGAAAAAAUAUUGAAAGGCCGAGAGAAGAUAAAGAAAGAAAAGCGAAAAAGGUGGUUCUUUUCAUUAUUCUGCACAGAGCAGAGGCACACGCCGUCUGUACGACACAAAGGCGGUUUUGAAGAGGGGGUGGCUAAGCUAAGCUCGCUACUACUCGCUUCAAUCGGUAGCACUUCAGCGGUCGAGCAAAAGGCGAAGAUCAGAGCAGGCAGCAAGCAGACAGCGCAUAAUUUCCGCUUGGAUCGAGAGCCUACUUGGUUUACUGUCAGCCUACCGAGCAAUCACUCUACGGUCUUACAGGUCUUUGUGGGGGCAGCGUUUUACAAGUUACAGGGACAAGCAGGUUGUAUGGAUAGAAAUAUAUCCAUCUGAUCAACUCUGGAAUUCUUGGAUUAUUUUAGACCACUGACUCUGAGUACUGCCGAGCAUCAUUAGUUUAGGAAGACGCUUAACCUCAUACUUUGUUCAUCACACCCCAUCCACAUGAAGGGAGAAAUAUUUUAAGGAGUCUUUGAAAAUCUUGCGAUAAAACUUAAAGACUUUUCAUCUUAUAUUUUACACUGCUGCGGCUUUUGUUUUCGAGGACCUUUUCCAUUUUUCUUUCAUUCGCGGGGAUUUUCAGCUUAUCAUCGAUUGUUCAUUGAUUGUUUUACCAUUUGUGGUUUGUUGUAAACCUCUGGAUUGUCAUAUUACCAUGGCAACCUACGAAAGACAUCUGAGCAGCAGGAGACUCAGGAAUCCUUUCACCUCUACCAGUAACCAUGGUAACGUAACUAAGGAGAUGCAGACCAAGUCUGAACCAAGACGAACCUCAGGACGGAGCACCAGGAAAGCAAAGACUCUGAGAGCGCAUCAGCAUCACCACCACGGAGCCACGCCCAUUGGAGCUGAUACCAGUCAGUCUGGUAAGAUGGAGAGGGUAGAUAGGAGCCUCAAGGAGCUAGCUCAACUUCUUGGCUUACAGACGGUUGGCGUUGAUGAGGCCAGUCUGCUCGAGACCACGGUGGCGUUUUGCAGAUCGUUUUCCAGCUCGUCGACAACACCCGACACACAUCGCCGUGGAGGGCGACAUACAGAUGUAAAUCUUGCUUUAGAACCAUCGACUGGUGAAUCGGAUCAAAUUCAAGAUGUGUCUCCUACUGAUGCUAUCCUGGCCGGUUUCCAGGACUGCAUGGAGGAGACAAUCCGUUACCUGGUUGAUGUCGAAGGUUUCUCUCCUGAAGACGAGGUGGUUGUCGGACUCACUGCCCAUCUCCUACAGAUUCGUGCCAAACUGGACAUUAAUAACGACACGACAGCGGCCACGCCCUGGUCAUCAGGACGUUCGUCUGACGGAGACGGACCAACGGAAUGCGAAGCAACGAUGAGCACGCAAACAUCGCCUCAAGAAACCAAUACAUUGUCCCUUGCCCUGUCUGCAGAUUCCUCCAAUCUGCCAUCUUUGCCAACUACUAGUAGAACAUUACCGGGUGGGUCUGUAACUCGUGGAUUGCCCCCUGCACACUUAAUGACACCCUUGACUGUUGAUACGAACCAGUACUAUGCCUUGCCAUCCCCUCUGAAUCGUACCGCGUUGGCUUGCGCCAUGAAGCCAUCGGAACCGCUCCUAGCCGUUGCUUCAACCCGACCAACCCACACCGUUCCAGCAAUGACCGCUGCGGCUAUCUCUUCGGUCAGCGGUCAUCCUUUAACCGCCACCGCGCCCGCGGUGUAUUCCAGGCACACCACGGUUACAUCCCAACACCAGGUUCAACCGCAGCAGUACCAGUCGGUCAUAUCAGCCAAUGGGUGUUUGAUCCCGUGUGUCUCGGCGUCCACCUCCAACCAGAGACCGUAUGGUUUCAAUCUGAACUAUGUUGCUCCCUAUGUUGUUGCAUGGGUGAGACCUGUACCGGAAUAACAGGACACCAAUAGAAAUGAGUGGGACUGUUCUAUAAUAUGUAAAUGUUACCAAUGUUGCUGCUUUUCAUUGUUGUUAACCUUGCACAUGUUCCUGUUAUUCUUUUCUUUCAAAUGUUUCAAAUCUCUUUUCACCUUGAAAAUUAUUUUGUUUACUUAAUUUUUGACCGUUUUUACUAAAUCUUUUGUUUCAACAAUGUUGCGUAAUCCUGUUGCAACUAAACAUUAAUCAAGUUUGGUGAUUUUUCUCCAUUAUCCUUUGUUAUCCCUGCUGAAUGAAGUGGGUCCUGUUAGUGAGAAACUCUUGUCAUUAGCUCAGAAUGGUUGGGUGUCAAGAGGAAGCUUAUUCGAACCACUAUACUCGAAAAUUUCAUAUUUGUAUGACGAAGAUGCGAUACUUUGAUUUGUACUUCUCAAACUAUCUGUCGCAAACUGUGUAUUAUACAUGUCGCAUUGCCAUGAGAGUAACCCUAUUCCGUCACUAACGACAUUGGUUUAAAAACGAUCCAUGCCCAUCGAUUUCUUGGAAAAUUAUCUUCCCGAGUAUCCUCAAACUGGUUGGAUUAACGAAAGCAUUAAAAGUACAGCUCACAUUUUUGAAGAUGAGGUAGGAUGGAUUGACAACUACCCUUUUCUCCUUCUAAAAAGAACAUAGAUGUCAAAGUACGAUAUUUCAAUUUGUAAUCAUCAUUUUUUAUUUUCGGUUGAAGUAAAAUUUGAAAGCAAAAUAUCGGGGUCUGUAGCGGCGAUAGAUGGCGCAGUGUAAUUAUUGAAUAUGGAUAUUAGAAUGUCAUUGUUAUCGGACUGUUCUGGGAUAUCGCUUCUACUUUGUCAUUGAUUCUUGAUAGGCCGUUUGAUAAAACUCGUUUUGAAAUAAUAAUUUUCCUCGUUUUUGUUUGUGUGGAUACCAACAUUGUAACAUGGAGUGAGUAUGGUCUUCACUUCAUCCAUCACUGAAUUCGUUUUAAUUCACAUUUCUCUUGUUUUUCUCAGUAUUAUUGUUUAGUACUUAGAAGUAUCACGUUUGAACAGAAGUAUUCAAACAGCAGUUUUGAUGAUCAUGUUUGUUGGAAUUUAUCAGGAUUUUUGUAAUGAAAUAAAUCAAUAUUUCUUCAUGAUCAUGAUCUUUGUUGCAACUUUGCCUAACAGUGAUUACUUUUCAGAAGUUUAAAGUUGAAACAAUUAAAGUAAAGUCCUCGGACUAAGCAUAACAAUGCCAUCUGUUAGAAACAUGCUUUAAAAAUGUUUCAAUGUCUAAGCACGAGUUGAUUUUGUGCAUCUGUACUUAAAAUUAUGAUUAGUCAAUAAUGAAUAUUAUAAAUUGAUAAAGAUCAACGUUCCAACUGAAGGAAAUUCGAAAUUUUCAGAUUGUUUCUGUUUCGAAGAAACCCUUUCCAUACGUUUCAUACAUCAUUUUGUUUCUCUCAGAAAGGGAUCUACAACUUUAGAUAAAAAUGCGCGAUUAAUUCAACAAACAUGUUUCAACUUCCUAAUCAUUGUCUUAUAUUGUGUUCAGUUGGUUUUCCAAGUAACUUUGUCUUAUUUGACAGUAAUCAAGUAACAGCAUUAUCUUUCAAUUUUGAACCACAUCUGAUGACAUGACAAUCGAAAUUUGUUCUGCCUUCGCUUUUGUCAUUUAACAUUCCAUUCCACCAUGCGUUCAACAAGAAAAGGGGAAGUAUGGUUGUUGAUGUUUUUUCUUUCUUGUAACAUUUUGUACAUAUUACAUAAUGAACAUGUAAAUAUGUAAAAGAAACUUAUUAAAAAAAGCUUUUGAAAAGAAAAUAUGUGUGUCCGCUUCAAUUAUUAUGCUAGUGUGUUGUAAUAAUUCGCCUGUCACUGACUAGGUUAGUUGAAUUUGUGUUCUACAAGUAAUUUCGAGAGAAUUUGUUAAAACAUAAUGUAAUAAACACAAUUAAAAAAAUAUAACAAAUAAUAAAAAGAAACAAAAACA